CACGGAAGACUUCGGCGACGUACCAGGAGGGUGCGCAUGUUUCUGGGGCGGUGGAUCAGGGGAUAUGUUUGGGGGAGUGUUGCUGAUACGGGGUCUCUUACCCCGGUACUGUCAGAGAGCUACGUCUUCCUCUGUGCUCUUAAGUGCAGAACUUUGCUCAGUUCACCCCCAACUGGUCAGGUUAGCCCAGUCCCCUCAAUGGGCUCUGCGGUCUGGUCGUGCAGUGCACCAGUGUUCAGUGAUGUGUGCUGGUCACAAUAAGUGGUCCAAGGUGAAGCAUGUGAAAGGGCCCAAAGAUGCAGCCCGCAGUCAAAUGUUCCUGAAGUUGUCCAUGAUGAUCAGGAUAGCGGUUAGAGAGGGAGGCCCUAAUCCUGACUUCAAUGCCCACCUGGCAAACCUCAUAGAGCAGUGCAGGAGCAGAAACAUGCCUAAAGCCUCCAUUGAGGCUGCCAUCAAGGGGGCGGAUAAGUCAAAGGCACUGUGCAGCUUGUAUGAGGCCCGGGGACCUGGCGCCUCCAUGCUGCUCAUUGAGGUUCUGACUGACAACAAUGCACGGACCUUUCACGAGGUGAAACAUCUGCUCCACAAACACGGUGGGAUGAUGUGUGAUGGGGCACGGCACAGUUUUGAGAGGAAGGGGGUGGUGCUGGCAUCAGGAGAGGGUGUGUCCAUGGACCGUGCUCUUGAGCUGGCUAUUGAAGCAGGUGCAGAGGAUGUAAGGGAGACUGAGGAUGAGGAGGAGAAGCCAUUGCUGCAGUUUGUGUGUGGAGUGUCUGAAUUGCGGGGGGUGAGGAGCACUCUGGAAGACCUGGGCAUCCCCACACUGUCAGCAGGCCUGGAGUUUGUGCCUCACAACCCUGCCUUACUACCCCUGGACGAGCUGGAAGCAGCCUCGCGUCUGUUGGAAAUCCUGAACGACUACCCUGAUGUAGUCCGAGUCUGGGACAACAUCCAAGCAGCAAACUAACAGGCUGUGAACUAACAGACUUUAUAUGGACUGAAGGCGUUUGGGACUCUGAGCCUGACAGAGACAGGAGCAACCAACUCCAGGGACUGGCUCAUUGACUUCAUUAAAAUGUUCAGUAUCCGACGUGGCAAUUGUUUAAUUCUUUCAAAUUGUAGAAGAAUGAAACAAACUGGCACCAAAAGUGAUAUCUUUGGCUGUUCUGGCCUGAACAUGAUUGAUAAAUCUAGUUCAGAUUGACGGGGAAUUAAAUAGUGUAGUCUUUUUCAAGUUGUGUCACUGGCAUUGCUACACCAUAUGAUGAGAAUGUUUGGAGUCAGAUUAUGCAUUUUGAAUGUGUAUAUAUAAUGUUUUCAGUAUAUUAUUGGGUUGAACAACAUAAUUCUCAAUAUAUUACAACGUUUUAUGUAAAUU